GUUCAUAUAUAAAACUUCGUACCCACAAUAGUUGCAAAAAAAAUUCUAAUUUAUUUUUUAUUGAUUUUCAACGUUAACUACGUGAAAAUGUCUGAUGUUGAUGAUGAUUUCAUGUGCGAAGAUGAGGAGGAUUAUGGAUUGGAAUAUUCGGAAGACAGCAACUCGGAGCCUGAUGUAGAUCUGGAAAAUCAAUACUAUAACAGCAAGGCAUUAAAGGAAGAUUCGCCAAAAGAAGCUCUAAUGUCCUUUCAAAAAGUUCUUGAUCUGGAGAACAACGAAAAGGGAGAAUGGGGCUUUAAGGCUCUGAAGCAAAUGAUCAAAAUAAACUUUAAAUUGAAUAACUACAAAGAAAUGAUGGUUCGCUACAAGCAACUUUUAACAUAUAUUAAAAGCGCCGUCACUCGUAAUCAUUCAGAAAAAUCAAUCAACUCAAUUUUGGAUUACAUUUCAACAUCAAAAAAUAUGGAACUGCUUCAAGAUUUCUAUGAGACAACUCUUGAUGCAUUACGUGAUGCAAAGAAUGAUCGAUUGUGGUUUAAAACAAACACAAAACUUGGAAAACUUUACUUUGAUCGAAAUGAUUUCGUUAAAUUGCAGAAGAUUCUCAAACAACUACAUCAGUCGUGUCAGACUGAUGAAGGUGAAGAUGAUUUGAAGAAAGGAACUCAACUUCUUGAAAUUUAUGCUUUGGAAAUUCAAAUGUACACAGUACAGAAGAACAACAAGAAGUUGAAAGCACUUUACGAGCAGUCAUUACACAUCAAGUCUGCUAUUCCACAUCCAUUAAUCAUGGGAGUUAUCCGUGAGUGUGGUGGUAAAAUGCACUUACGAGAAGGAGAAUUCGAAAAAGCACACACAGAUUUCUUCGAAGCGUUCAAGAACUACGAUGAGUCGGGUUCAGUUCGACGCACAACCUGCUUGAAAUAUCUCGUUCUGGCCAACAUGUUGAUGAAAUCUGGCAUUAAUCCAUUCGAUUCACAAGAAGCAAAACCAUACAAAAACGACCCUGAGAUUCUCGCAAUGACAAAUCUCGUUGUUAGCUAUCAGAACGAUGACAUCAUGGAGUUUGAAGCAAUUUUAAGGAAUAAUCGAAACAAUAUCAUGGCCGAUCCUUUCAUCCGUGAACAUAUUGAAGAUUUAUUGCGGAAUAUUCGAACUCAAGUUCUGAUAAAACUCAUUCGACCUUACACAAAAAUUGCAAUUCCUUUUAUCAGCAAUGAACUUAAUAUUGAGCCAGCUGAAGUUGAAAGUUUGCUUGUUUCUUGCAUCUUGGAUAAUACAAUACAAGGGAGAAUUGAUCAAGUGAAUCAAGUUCUGGAAUUGGAAAAAGAAGACAGUCGUCAUGGAGCUCGUGAUAUUGCAAUCGAGAAAUGGUCGAAUCAAAUUAAUUCUGUUCAACUCGCAAUUCUUAAUAAGAUGUCAUAGACAGUUUUACAUCUCAUUAUUAAUUUCUUCUUCUUCUUAAUGUUCUCUGGUCUUUUAACAUAAAUAAUAAAAAUUAAAUUGUUGGUUCAAUUAAGUAAAAUGUUUUAUUUAAUUUAUUGAGA